GCAUUCUUCAUAAAUGUAUGUGCUCAGUAAGGUGUGGAGCAGAAUGGAUUUCCAUGAAACAAUCCCUGUAUCAUGGGUGUUUGACUAUGAGGAUGUGAGUGUGUACAGUAGGUGAGGCAGAAGAGAGAGUGUGUGCCUGCGUGUUUGCAUGCGCGUGUGUGUGUAUGUGUGUGUGUGUGCGUGUGUGUGACCAAAGAAAGCAGUAUCUCAGCAAGUUAGGUUCCAUUUGUUAUUGGAGGGCAGGGGGCAGGGCAGUAUUAGUUAUAGUCCGGUACUGUUUUUGUUUCCUGUUUAUAACCUCUUUCCUUUGAGAGCACGCUAAAAAUCACGCUCUGAGACCUGCUUGCUGGUCUGAGGGGGGUUUUUGCACAAUGCUGGAGGUGCAGCUCUCUCUGUGUCUCAGUCUGACUUUCAGGCCACUGACUCAAAACAAAAACCUCUCUGCUCUGCCUUUGUGGUUUCCUCUCUCUUUCCUUUCUCUCUCGCUCUCUCUCUCUCUCUCUCUCUCUCUUUCUCUCUCUCUGAUUUCCUGUGGUACUUCAGAAAGAGCAGAACUGUGUGUGUUCUCUUGAGAUAAUCAGUGAUUACAUGCAGUAUAUUUAUGAAGAAUAACUCAUUUUUCUUAGAUCAGAAAGCUGCCACACGUCUGUUGCAAGUAGUUUGAGGAUUACUAAUCAUGGCCUUUUGUUGGCCAUUUUAUUACCUUUCACUGAGCUCAAACAACCCUUUGACAUGUUGGUAUAUUAGGAGUUUAAACAUUCUCCAAAUGUAAACAUUUCGAUUUCAUCCCAGAUUAGUUUUCAAAGACUCUUCUUAAUAAUUCCAUUACCCUUACAGCCCUUGUGAUGCCUUGCUGGGGGUAGCGAUCAAAUGGUGAACAAGCAAAAUAAAGUCAAAAACAUGCAUUGCCUUUCCUUAGGCCUCUGCAUGCACACUUUUCAUACAUUACCAGGCAUCUCUCUCUGUCAUUUCAGUGGGGUCAGAACUGCAUGUGCUCUUUUGAGAUAAUCAGUGAUUACACACCAUUUCUUUUUGAAGAAUACACUUUGAGAACUCAGCUCAAAUGGCUGUCAAAUCUUUAACAAACAGUUUGAAAGCUUUGUAAUCGUGGUCUUGAUUGAACCACAUUGCCUACUUUCAAAAUACCCAAAACACCAUGAUCGUACAGUAGGGUGUUUAAAAAUGUCACAAUUGUAAACAUUUUGAUUUCAUUCAGGACAUGAAUUGGGAGCCCAAUACCCCUGCCUGUGAGAAGGACCUGUGCUGUCCAUGGUCCUGCAGCUCUCCCAGGUUGCUUGGAUACCUGGGUGCUGGAGGGACAGAACACCACCACCCUUCCGGGCACCACAACCUGCACAGCUAAGAUUUUUAAACGAAAGUGCUGAUUGUAGUUAUGCAAGAAGUUUAAAAAAGCCUGUUUUGAAAAAGUUUAAUUGCUGUUCAUGCAGUCAUGGAUUUGGAGAGCUUAAUUUAUGAUUUUUAAAAAUGUAUGUAUUUAUUUCAUUUAUUUAUUUAAAAACUUACAUAUUCUAAUUUUAAAUGCAACUAGGUGCAUUGAACUGGCCCUUCAUUGAGACAAGGCCAGGAGAGAUAACAGAGGUAGUCCCCUUAAUGAGGCCAUUGUGAUGUCAUCCAGUGACAGAACCUCAGGCCUCUGACAUUGAGACCCUGGAUAUGGACAAUCUACAUCAUGUAAGUUAUUGCUGGUACAUUCCUCAUUCUAUUAUGAGAAAAUAUUUCAGUUAUGAAUUAUGAGUUGUGCAAUUACAAAUCAUAACUUACAAAUUACAAAUAACUUAUUCAAAGACAACUGGUUUCACGCUGGUUUCAGUGCAGUGCAAAAUCACAAUGUAAGAUCAGGUGUGACAUCACAGUAUGAACAUUCCAGUGAGCUGCCCAAUGUUCUGAACUCAUUAGCAUAAUCAGCUAUUCAAAACUUUUGUGAGGCUCUCAUAGUAAAGACAACAGAUCUUUUUUUUGUUGUUGUUUUUGACCACUUUUUUUGGGUUUUCAGAUGAUAGAAGUUGAAAAAUAUCAAAAAUGCAUGUUAAUGCAAAAUCCUGUAUCAAUCCACCUACGGGCAGCACUGCCUCCUACUCCUGGAAUGGGACAGCAGAGAAAUUAAGCACCAUGGACACUGCACAGAAACACGCACACACACACACAUACACACACGCACACGCAUACACACAUAGAGAUGCACACACACAUACAUGAGCACACACCCACACCCACACACAUACACCCACGCACACACACAUACACACAUACACAUACAUGCACACACGCACCCACACACAUAUACACCCACGCACACACACACACAGACAUAUUAAUUACUGUAGUAUGAAUUGAGGUGCUUUUUUCAAUCUAAAGUUAUUCUUAAAGUAAGCUAUUUAAAACAUUGUGAAGACUUCCAGAUUAUUGCACUGUAAAUAACAACUGGAUUAUUAUUAUUAUUUGACCUAUAUUAAGCAGGAUGGAAAUAAUGACAUCAGUGUUCUUUUUUUGCACUGAGGGUGUUUAUCAGCAGAUGCUUGUGCAGCUCUUGUGCACCCAAAUCAUUAAACAGCCAAUCAAAUCUGCCCCUGACAUGUGCCCUCCUACUGUUCAGUGAAUGACAAGAAAUUAUUACCUCAAGUCCUCCUCUUAUCUGUACAGUUUGAGUUUUACAGCGCAGAGGACAAACAGGGUCUCAGGCAGAAGAGAGUCUCCAGAAGAGGAGAGUUCAGAUACAGUGAUGCCACCACUCUGUGCUGUUCUUGUGCUUUUCAGCAAAGUCUAUGGUCUGCUUGGGAAGAACAUAGUUCAGCCUCACGCGCUUAUGACAGCUCAGCUUGGAGACACUGUGACUCUCCCAUGUUUCGAUGCUAAAGAUAACGAUGUGCAAUGGUACAGAUGGUUUAAGCAGCCUCUUGGACAGAAGCCUGACAAAUUGUUAAUGAUAAAAAAUUCUGAACCCAAUACUAUAGAUUUCAAUGAUUUUAUAAACAGUACGCGCCUCAGUGCUAAAGCAGCAAAGGGGAGCUCAAACCUGACUGUGUCACAAGUAGAGCCGUCGGAUUCAGCCACAUACUACUGCGCUGUUUCGCUCGACGAUGAUAUCAGCUUUGGAGAAGGAACUACAUUAAUGGUCCUGGGGUCAGAAUCACACGACAGGACAGUAGUACUGCAGCAGCCCGAGUCUGAGUCAGUGCAUUCUGGAGACUCUGUGACUCUUCAGUGUACAGUACACACUGAGACCUGUGCAGGAGAACACAGUGUGUACUGGUUCAGACAGGGCUCAGGAGAGUCCCCUCCAGGAAUCAUUUACACCCAUGGAAUCAGGAGUGAUGAGUGCCAGAGGAGCUCUGGGGCUGUGUCUCCCACACAGAGCUGUGUCUACAAAUUCCCCAAGAGGAACCUCAGCCCCUCUGAUGCUGGGACUUACUACUGUGCUGUGGCCACCUGUGGGGAGAUCCUGUUUGGGAACGGGACCAAGCUGCACUUUGAGGGGAAUGAACAUCUUCCUCUUUAUUGCUUGGCGGGAGCUUUGACGUUGAGUGUGAUCCUAAAUAUUGUCCUCAUUCUGAAAAUGAGAAAAAGCUGUGAGAAAUGCAAAGGAGCUGCAUCAAACAACCAAGUGAGCGGAGAAGGCCUGGCGAGCAAACAGAGUCAAGAGGAAUCAAUGAAUUACGCUGCUUUGACUUUCACCACCAAGAAACCCAAAGUGAGGACGAAGAAGAAGGAAGUGGAGAAAGAAACGGUUUACUCAGAUAUGAGAUUUAGAGACCGCGAGUGAAGCUUUCCAUAAAAGCCAUCUUCGUCACAAGAAUAAUCAAAAUAUUCCCUCGCUAGAAUUGUUGAACAUCAUACUAUGUCGCUGUAAAUUUUAUUACACGUACAGGAAUUUGCCUGCAGCUGUGCUUAUUUUUUGACUCCUCUGUUUUUAAAAUACACAAAGUAAAAAUUGUGCACUCUCUGGCAGUAUCUGGUAAAUGGUCCUCAGUGUUGUUGAAUGGGUUUGGGGCAGUAGUGUAGUGUACUGCUUAGGGAACAGGACCCAAUUCUCAGGUGACACACUGCCCUUUGACCUGUAUUAUUGAGCAAGGAUGUUAUCCUGAAUGACUUCAGGCCAUAACUGUAUAAAAUGAAACAGUGUGCACAUGUAAAAUUGCACGAGUGCCUGCUAAAUGCCAGUAAUGUGGUGUCACACAGAGAUGGGAGAGUGAAAUAUUAGGACUACAAAACAAGGUCAGACUGUUAAUGUGUCAGCAGUGAUUCACUGAUUAGACGGAAUCAAAAUGUUUUGCAGUGUACAGUUUUUGUAAUUCAGAGCUAGUCAGUGAUAAGAAUAAAUAGUAGAUCCAU